GCUACUGUACACUUACUGUACGCGUUUAUGUGCAUUCACAGGUCUCUAAUUUCCAUGAGAAGUUGAGAGACAAGACACACCUUUCAACAGAACGUCGCUAUCACGGAAAACUUCCAAGUCUUUUUGCCCGUCAGCUUUAAGUUUCAGAUGCAGAAUCGAAACCGAAAGUAUUCCAUUAGAUCGUCCCAAAGCCAGACGCUUGGUCGCCGGAGGAAGACGGCGAAGAGGUGAGGGGUCCCUGGCUGAUCAGGUGCCGCUGUGCCAAGGUGUAGCCUCACGGAAUGCUGACUGGUAGAAGAUGAAAUUGCCUUCAACACAAGGAUGUUGAAGUUUCUUUAUCGAUGGAUAUUUUCUUCUUCGUCAACGCAUCUGACCAUGGAUUAUCAUACAAUGUCAAUUUCAGGAAUAAUUGGUUUGCCAAACUAUGGACUUUCCUGUUGUGUGAACUCACUGCUGCAGUCAUUUUUUGCUACUCCUGAGUUGACGUCAUUACUAAACAAAUGCGUAGAAUUUGGAAAGAAAAUACCUGAAGAUAGGAAUGUACCUCUAAAUCUACUAAAGUUAACUGAAGACGUUCAGAACUGCAGAUCAGUUCACAGUGCUCAUCGCAAAUUAUUACAGUGUUUGGAUAAAAACCGUAUUACACAUUCUGUGCAGCAUGAUGCUGGUGAAAUCUUCCUUUCUUUUUUGCACCUUAUACACAAACAGACUGAGAGCCCAGAGCUGGCUGAGGAAAUUCUUCAGCUGUACAAAAUCACUGUAUUGGAUUAUCUGCAGUGUAACGUCUGCCAGAAUAUUAGCCAGAGCAACAGCUUCUUGUUAACUUUACUGCUGGACAUCCAGGGCCCCUCAGCUACCUUGGAGAAGUCUAUCAAAUUGUUUUUUGAUCCACAAGAAAUAUCUGGAAGGAGUCCACCUUUCUGUGAUUUUUGCAAAGAAAAAAGACCAGGCAAAAAGGGCUUAAAAUUGUUAUCGUUGCCAAAGAUUCUGUGCCUUCAAAUUAAAAGGGCCUACUUUGAAAGACACCGUGGACUUCCCAUCAAACUGAACUCUGAACUGGAAUUUUCAGAAAUGUUAGAUUUGCAGCAAAUCCUUCAUGUGGAUCAUCUGGCAGAAAGCUUUCAAAAGGAGAACUGCAAGUAUGGCUUAUAUGCUGUAAUAGUGCACUCUGGAUCUCCCAUAUGUGGGCACUACAUUGCUUAUAUAAAACUGGAUAAUGCCUGGUAUUGUGCUAACGACUCUUCUGUAUAUAAGGUUCCCUGGAAUGAAGUGGCAAAGACUUCUGGCUGUUCACCUAAAUCAUGUUAUGCAUUCAGAGAAACUGCCUAUAUGCUACUGUACAGAAGAAGUGACACCUGAGUCUACGUUAAAGAGUGCCUGCCUCCUAGAAGAAAAAGUGAAUUUGUGUUCCAUUGUAUUUAAGUUAUAAACUUUAAAUAAGUUGAAACAUUUACCAUUGUACUGGGGAUUACAGAAUCCUAACCACCUUUUUUCAAUUUUUAUAAUGUCCCACACCAGGAAAGACAUUAUAGUUACUACAGGAUCCCUUACAUGGCUUCUUCUUCCAGCUCUCAUAGGAAGAUCACUACUUAAUUAUAAUUUGAGAUCUAUGUAUCAAAGUAAUUGUUAAUUUAAAGCAAAUUUAAUGUUUAAUGAAAUGUGGUGAUUGUAAUUUUGGAAUAUUGUUGUUUUACUGCUUGCUUUUAAAUGCAGUUUGUCUGUGUUUAAUAUUCUUUAAUAUAAUUGGACAUAUUAAGAAAUGUGACAAGUAAAAUGUGUAGAAAAAUGGAAUACAAUUUUUUAAUUUAAUUGUAUUUUUGAUAUAUUAAAAUGGUAAAUGAAGAUGUA